AUGCAGUAUCGACCGUAUGGAUACGACGAGCAGCAGUGCAACCUUGACACAAAAAAGAAUUGGAGCCUGUUUGACCUUCAAACGACGCCCGAGAAAGAAGGGAAGCCUUCCGCAUUCCGACAAGGCAACCUGGUGCUGGUUUCCGGAUGUAUCACGACACUAUGUCCUCAACAGCUCAAGGCCAACAUGGAUCAUCCGAUCGGCUAUCUGCCCACAGACUGGACGCCGGAGCGGAAGCUUCCUUUCACAUCCCCUACGCACGUCUCCCGGUUCGAGGGCAUCAAGCAG